AUGCCCGCAGGGGCCAUCCAUCAUUUAGACGGAUCGAGGCGAGUGACAAGUUUGAGUCGUCUCAAUCCGACCUCCUUGACAGUCGAGGUGGCGGUGAGGGGUACAGAAAUCGCCCAUUUGGAAGCAGCAGACGAGAUUAUCAUCCAGAGAUUUACAGAAAAUUCACUCUUCUCUAACUACCGUCUGACAAGAGGCUCGAGUAUGCCACCUCUUCUCGCCUUCACUCACACGAAAGCUCGUCGUUUAUGCCAAAACACACAUAGGUCACUGCAUACACUUCAGCCUCUUCCCCCUACCUCAGAUGCAUAUCUUCCACGAGACUGGGAUUUUCGGCCUCCCCCCAACCGAGCGCGCGACCAGCCACUAACCACCACUGCCCAAACAGUAGCUGCAUGCAUGCAUGGUCAAAGGUUGGUAAAAGGGAGAUUGACCUGUAAUAUGAGUGAAAGAAAUGAAGGGGAGAAGCUGGAAGCGCUAGAGAUCCGCACAAAGUGUCAGCAGGCAUCGGUCAGAGGGAAAAACAAGUCUCGAAAGCAGUCGCAACUUAUUUGGCGAGAAGAAAAGGGAUGCUGCACAGAUGAUGGAUACGAUGUUCGUGCCUGA